AUGAUUCGCAACGUUGCUCUUUUGGCUCUUGCUGCCAGCCCGGCCUUCGCCGGUGUUGCUCAGCCCGCUCCCCACAAGGAGAUCGAGGGCUGGAGCAAGGAGUGGGAGCGCCCUUCUUCUGAGGCUCACUCCUGGUCGGCGUCGUCGACCACCCCGUGCACCACCAGCACCAGCACCACCCCGACCCACACCAAGCCUCACACGAGCACCACUCCCUCCACCUCCCCGUGCCCUACUAGCACCACCAGCACCAAGCCUCACCACACCACCACCAGCCCGUCCAGCAGCACUACCCCGGUGAAGUCUACCACCACCAAGACUGCCCACACCACCAAGACUAUCACUGUUGUGACCACCACCUGCCCUGUCACCUCCAAGGUUGUCACCUCUGGCACCAAGGUCGUCACUAUUCCCGUGACUGAGACCAACACCGUUACUCUCACCUCGACCAUUGUCUGUGACGAGUGCGAGAAGUCCGUGAGCUUCCACGCCGCUACUCAGCCCACUACCGCCACCGUUGUGAAGUCUACUUCCGUUGUGGUUCCUCCCGUCAAGUCCACCUCCGUUGUGGUUCCCCCGGCUGAGUCCACCUCCGUUGUGGUUCCUCCUGCUGAGUCCACCUCCGUUGUGGUCCCCCCUGCUGAGUCCACCUCCGCUGUCGUGGUCCCCGGUGGCUCUACCUCCGUCGUUGUGAUCCCUGCUGCUUCCGUUGCCCCCGCUGCUUCCGUUGCGCCUGCUGCUUCCGUUGCUCCCGCUGCUUCCGUUGCUCCCGCUGCUUCCGUUGCGCCUGCUGCUUCCGUUGCGCCUGCUGCUUCCGUUGCGCCUGCUGCUUCCGUUGUGCCUGCUGCCUCCGUUGUGCCUGCUGCCUCCGUUAAGCCUGCUGCCUCCGUGCCCGCCGUUGCUCAGUCUUCCACCCCUGCCAAGCCCGCUGAGUCCGCCGCCCCUGUUGAGUCCUCGACCCCCGUUGAGUCCUCCACUCCCGCCGAGUCCCAGCCCGCUGUUGCUCAGCCCUCCACUCCCGCUGAGUCCCAGCCCAGCACCUCCGUUCCCUUCACCGGUGCUGCCUCCGCUGUCAAGCCCGCUGCUGGUCUCCUGGCUGGUAUCGUCGGCCUCAUGGCUCUCCUGUAA